AUGAUCCAGGAAGUGACGCGGAUAUUCUCAUGUGUAGAUGGAGGAUUCACUCAAGAGGAAAGUGCCCGUACGUUUUCUCUUGAUGGCUUAAAGAAACUGCCGAAAUCGUCGAUCUCUGCACUAGCCACUAAGAUGCUGGCGGCAAUUGGAAAAUUUGGAGCCACCCAUCACGCUUUCCGGAGAGGAGGAGCGAAUCACAUGAGGGCGACAGGAUAUUCAAUGGAGGAGAUUCAAGCAAGAGGGAGAUGGAGAUCGCUGGCAGGUCUACAACGAUACAUCAAGGAUGUGCCGAGAGCCCAAGGAUGCCUGCAUCCCCAAGAGAACGGAAUUGGAAUCGAGGAGGAGGACGAAGAUUCUGAAUAA